CUUUUCAUCUUGUCCUAGUUUUCAACAUGGACUGAAGUAUUUUCUUUGAUUCAUGUUCCAUAUGUGAAUCUGAUCUGAAAAUGGGUUCUAAGGAGGAAAGUGAUGGCUUUGAUUCAAGAGCAGCAGUGAAGCUACAGAAAGUAUACAGGAGUUACCGCACGAGGCGCAGGCUAGCCGAUUCUGCUCUUGUUGUUGAGGAACUCUGGUAUGCAAGCAGGGAAAUUUGUGCAUCAUUGGUUUUCUUGCAUAGAUUAAAGGAUGAUGAUAAUGUUUGCAGGUGGCAGGCAAUAAAUUAUGCAAGGCUGAAUCACAGUACAGUUUCAUUCUUCAAUUUUGAUAAACCAGAAACUGCAGCUUCACGUUGGAACAGAAUCAGGCUGAAUGCUUCUAAGGUUGGAAAAGGUCUAGGUAAUGAUGCUAAGGCACAAAAAUUAGCUUUCCAGCAUUGGAUUGAAGCUGCAAAGUGGUAUAAAAGAGACACAGGGCAACCAUUUUUCUACUGGUUGGAUGUUGGAAAUGGAAAAGGCCUGGACCUCAGGGCGUGCCCAAGAUGGAGGCUUGAGCAACAAUGCAUCAAAUACCUUGGACCACAAGAGAGGGAGAACUAUGAAUACAUGAUCGUCAAUGGCACAAUGGUGCACAAGCAAACCCAAAAUCCUUUCAACACAAAUCCAGGACAGCAGAGUUCAAAAUGGAUAUUUGUGAUGAGUACCUCAAAGAAACUUUAUGCUGGAGAGAAAAAGAAGGGAUCAUUUCAUCAUUCCAGCUUCCUUGCUGGAGGAGCUACUUUGGCUGCUGGAAGACUUACAGUGGAAGAUGGGAAGUUUAAGUCUGUAUCAGCAUACAGUGGGCAUUACCGUCCAACCAAUGAAAAUCUCAGCAGCUUCUUAGACUUCCUGAAGGAGAGUGGAGUUAACCUCAAUGAAGUUCAGGUAUUUUCCCAAACAGAAGAUCAUGCAGGCUGUGACAACAGCAUUUUCAGUCAGGAGGGAAGCAUAUUGGGGUUGGGAAGACCAAAAAAUUCCAGGCCAUUGGAAACACAGGUUCAUGGAAAAAAUGAGAAGCAACAAUGUGAUGAAUCUUCUAUAUUAGCUCAGGCAGAAGGAACAAGGAGUUAUAAAAGAACAUUAUCAAGUAAUUUACACAGCCCAAGAACCAGUGUGCCAAGGAAGCAAGUAAUACAGAGGAUCAAAUCCAAGAAGGAGGCAAGUUCAUACCAGUUAGGGUACCAACUAUCUGCAAAAUGGACAACAGGAGCAGGACCAAGAAUUGGGUGCAUUGCAGACUACCCUGUGAAACUGAGAUUACAGGCCCUGCAGUAUGUAAACCUCUCCUCCAAAGAUUCCCCACCACCAACUUCUAAAUUUCUUGCCAAUAUCACUUCUUAUGCAAAUGUAUGCGACAUAUUAUGAUCAUAGAACCCACAAUCUUGCUUCUUUCUUCUUCUUCUUUUUAAUUAUUGUUAUAUGGCAACUUGACUUCAAAUUUU